CCACGCUUCCGCUGCACACACACCGCCGUUAUAUUCCACACUGGGAAAAUGACGCAACACAACAACUGAAUUGGCCGAUGAGUGAAUUUGGCGAAGCAAAACAGGUCAGAACGUCCGGAUGGGACACCUGCUCGAGCAGGGGGAAAAAAUGGUGCUCAACAACGAAGAGGAAGCGUGGCUGAGGCUGGAAACGCUCAUUUCGCAGGAGCCGCAAUUCCAGCCCUUGCUGCAGCUGCCGUCGCUUGCAAGAGAUGAGAACGAAGUGACGUCCGGAAUGAGAGACGAGACGGUGCAGGUGCUGCGGUGCCUGAAGGUGUGCUUUGAUCUGCCCGCCGAGGUGCUGCUGCUCGCCACCCUGAGCAUGGACCGCUUUCUGACUAAAAUGCGUGCCCUGCGACGUCACCUGGCCGUCAUCGGCGUGGCCGCCCUCCACCUGGCCGCCGAGUCCCUUCGUCCAAGCAGCGGCUGUCCAGAGCUGUCCCGGCUGGCCAUCGUGUCGCAGUGCGGCUGCACGGCGGCCGACCUGGCCAGGAUGUCCGGUCUGAUGCAGCUCAAGCUCGGCUCGACCAUCGCGGCCACGGCGCUCGACUUCUUGAACGCGUUCCGCUCCAUCCUGGGUCUGACCGGGCCGGAUUCGUCCGGACUCGAGGUGCUGGCCGCCGACUCUGCGUGCUCCAACUUCAGGCCCUGUGAGCUGGCGCUGGUGCUCUUGUUUCUGUACAUCGAUGGCUGUCCUGAGAAAGUGAGGGAUUCCCUGGCCAAGCCAAUUGGGGAAAUCUACGAUGUCUGCAAGAUAAACGAAAAUAGUUUUUGGUAUUGCUACGAAGUAGUAUCGGCCAGUCUGAAGCAGUAUGAGGAGCGGCCGAAGAGUCCUCACAACAAACAACGUCUAGUGUGGCGCCUGUCACAGCGCACCUUCAGGACGCUGCGUCCGACCAGUCGAUUUGAUCAGGAACUCGAGACGAUCCUGGAAGAGAACCUCAAGCAACUCCCUGAUUGAAUUUCAUUCCCAUCUCCCUGAAUCUUUUAUACGUAGCCAGUAACUUUCGUCGUUUUAUUCAGGUGCUAUUGUUUAAGAUGAUACCUUUUUAAAGUAUAUGUUAGAGAAUGGAUUUAUUUAAUACACAUAUUAUUUAUUUGAACCUAUCAUUUAAAGUGUGCACCAGAGAUAGCAUUUUUUAUCAUUAUCCGAGUGUGCCAAUUCGAUGAAAGUACAAAAUUUUAUCUGAUCGAUUGUCACUAAUGUGAGCUUCAAUUUUGUACGGAUUUUCUACCGAAUAAAGAAAACUAGUCCGCAGUGAAA